AUGAUCUUGAUUAAUUGGGUGGCAGCGGUAUUGAUGUCUCUCAGUUCGCUUAUAACGAAUGAUAUUCAUUUUAUUCCGAACUCUUUGUGUUGGGUUCCGUUCUCUGCAACAUUACAUGUUAUUCUCGGAUUAGCGGCUCAUUACGGCUUUCCACUCUUUUCAGUUUUUGGUAUGUAUAUUUUCAUAUACCGUAAAAUGAAAAAGAGUCGAGAUAGCCUAGGAAGUCGUGCGGGUUCGAAUAAUAAUCGGCAAAUGGAAGUAAUAGUACUUCGAAAUAUUCUAAUUAUGAUUGUCCUGUUUGUAAUCAGUGGUGUGCCCAACGUGAUGUUUAUGUUUACCGCGAUGAAACUCUUCUACUUAAGCACAAUUGUAACAUGGCCAUUCUGUGCGGCAGCUGUUCAAGUCUGCGCGAUUGUUCUCGACCGAGAUCUAUACAAAGUUGUUCAUGGGAUACUCGCGUGUCGGAGAUCAAUUUCGCCGACUGGGAAUAUAUAG